GCUACAUCAGCAACAGGUGAGCCGGAAGAACAGCCGCAGCGCCUAUCUUCGCUACUGCCCCAGCCGCGUUCACAUCACCACCGCGCCCCCUUCACCGCUCGCUCUCAGACAUGGUUCGUGCCGUCGUAGCCACCCUGCUGGUCGUCCUCGUGGUCGCCUCCUGCGUGUCUGCACAGCUCAACUUCUCUCCCGGCUGGGGCAAGCGAGCAGCCGCAGGGGGAGAGGGCACCGGAAUGCACCCUGCCGCAGGAGCCGUGGUUCCUCCCCCUUCCUCCCUGACAGGCGAAUCCUGCGGAACCAUCCCUGUCACAACCGUCAUGCACAUCUAUCGGCUCAUUAGGGCUGAGGCUACCCGCUUGGUGCAGUGCCAGGAUGAAGAAUACUUGGGCUAAGAUCCCCCCCCCCUCUCCCUUCCCCCCCACUUCACAAUGCCCCCUCCACACCGUCACUACCCCCCC